GGGCAGAAUAUCUCGAUGCAUAAUGCAGUCGGUGGGGCCAUGACGGGGCCCGGAGCUCACCAGCUUGGCAGCACCCGGAUGCCCAACCACGACACCAGCGUAGUGAUUCAGCAAGCCAUGCCAUCACCCCAGUCCAGCUCUGUCAUCACACAGGCACCUUCCACCAAUCGCCAGAUCGGGCCUGUCCCAGGCUCUCUAUCUUCUCUGCUACAUCUCCACAACAGACAGAGACAGCCCAUGCCAGCCUCCAUGCCCGGGACCCUGCCCAACCCUACAAUGCCUGGAUCUUCCGCCGUCUUGAUGCCGAUGGAGAGACAAAUGUCCGUGAACUCCAGCAUCAUGGGGAUGCAGGGUCCAAACCUCAGUAAUCCCUGUGCUUCUCCCCAAGUCCAGCCAAUGCAUUCAGAAGCCAAAAUGAGGUUGAAGGCUGCGUUGACUCACCACCCUGCUGCCAUGUCAAACGGAAAUAUGAACACCAUGGGCCACAUGAUGGAAAUGAUGGGCUCCCGGCAGGACCAGACGCCGCACCAUCACAUGCACUCGCACCCGCAUCAGCACCAGACGCUGCCACCCCAUCACCCCUACCCACACCAGCACCCAGCACACCAUCCUCACCCUCAGCCCCACCACCAGCAGAACCACCCCCAUCACCACUCCCACUCCCACCUUCAUGCGCACCCAGCACAUCACCAGACCUCGCCACACCCGCCCCUGCACACCAGCAACCAAGCACAGGUUUCACCAGCAACGCAACAGAUGCAGCCAACCCAGACAAUACAGCCGCCCCAGCCCACAGGGGGGCGCCGGCGAAGGGUGGUGGACGAGGAUCCCGACGAGAGGCGGCGGAAAUUUCUGGAAAGGAACCGGGCAGCUGCCACUCGCUGCAGACAGAAGAGGAAGGUCUGGGUGAUGUCACUGGAAAAGAAAGCAGAAGAACUCACCCAGACGAACAUGCAGCUUCAGAAUGAAGUAUCCAUGUUGAAAAACGAGGUGGCACAGCUGAAACAGUUGUUGUUAACACAUAAAGACUGCCCAAUAACAGCCAUGCAGAAAGAAUCACAAGGAUAUCUAAGUCCGGAGAGUAGCCCUCCUGCAAGUCCCGUCCCAGCUUGCUCCCAGCAGCAAGUCAUCCAGCAUAACACCAUCACCACUUCCUCUGCAGUCAGCGAGGUCGUAGGAAGCUCCACCCUCAGUCAGCUCACCACUCACAGAACAGACCUGAAUCCGAUUCUUUAAACUGCAUGGGUCAGACCUUGCCUCCAAGAAGAGCUGUAGCAUACCAUGCGUCCUUUCUUUUAAGGGCAUUUUUAGAAUUAACUCAGACCUGGAAGACUCCUCAGCCCUUCAAAGACUGGCUUUCAUUUUUAUAGUUAUUAUGGAAAUGUUGUCUUUUAUACUUAGUUAUAUAAGAAAAAAGGGAGUUAUGCAAUUAAUAUCUAUCAGCUUGGGAAAUGCUUUGGUGCUUUUCUCCACUUUUCUGGUACCAGUUACUUGUUUAUAAACUGAACCUUUUCUGUAUAUAGUCAUGGUUUCCAUCUUAUCAGUCCAACUCUUUGCCUGAAACAUUGAAUCUUGUUAAACCAUAGCUUUCAGCCAAAAGGAGGCGUACUUAGAUGUCAAAUAAGACAAGAUCCAAGGCAACUGGGUAGGAAAUCUGAUGGCAUCAUAACUCAUGUUGAGUUUGCACUGUGAUGUCACCAGAAUCCCAGAUAAAUACGCAGCCUUUCCCACAAUUUUGUUUCUCUUACUGUAAAGGAUUAUAAGAUCUAUCGAUGUCCAAAUAAACCCACCAGGCGUCUCACCACCUCUCCUCUCCUCCUGGGCCACUUGCUCCAGUGCCCAAUUUUCCUGUCCAUUUCUGCUUUCUCUGGGCUCCCUGUGCACUCUUCUUUUGACUUUCUUCUGUUUUAUUUUUUUCCCUUUAGCAUUGCAUGUGAAGAAAAAAAAUAAUGUUUAAAGAGAAAAAAAAGCAGUCCUCAAACAUGGGGACCUAGUUGUUGCUUCACUUGCCUGCAACCCACAGCUGGAGUUCAUUCCAUUCUUGCUUUUCACAAAAUAGUAACCAGGAGAUGUUUAAUGUGCCUGAUUUAAUGUUUUUAAUAAUCAGAGCAAAUAAAAGGUGGUUUAGUUACAGGUGAAGCAGUGUUGAACGCCAGCUGUGGAGACACUGGGGAAGGGAGCUUUGUAAGCCUCGAUUGUGCAAGUCCAAUUAUGAUGCGGGGCUGUAACAUCACACCCUUGAAUUACAACUGGUUUUAUACGGCCUGUCUAUAAUGUUGAAAAUCCACGUACUCUAUAAUAAUUCAGAAGGGCUCUGUUCACUACACAGAUUACAUUGUUCAAUCAUCAGCUGCUAAUAGCCUAAGAUUUAUUAUUUUUUUUCUUAAGCCUAUGGAACCGGCUUUGCUGUUCUGGUGGGGGAGAGUAGACCACUGGAGAAACAAAGAGGGAAAGAAAACCCAGUGUUUCCACGGGCGCACUUUCAGCCUCCCACAGCAGUUAAAGUGCUCUUCGGCUGCUGAAGGAAGCCCAUGGACAUGGCACAGGCCACUCCACUCGUUCGCAUAAUUCCGAUUUAUAUUUUCAGUGACUUAUGAAGACUUGCCCAUUAUAAAAAGCAUAUAUUCCCCAAACCACAGUUGUGCCUCCUUGAAACAAGCCAUUCUACUGUGCUAAUGAUUUAGUAUUGCAUCUCACAAGCAACAGGGGCUAAUGUUUCUCUAUAGCAGUCUAGGAAGGUGCUGGGUUUCAUCUCCAUUUGAAUGCUCGACCUCCUAACGGGUGUGUGUGUGUGUGUGUGUGUGUGUGUGUGUGUGUAUGUAUGUUCAUGCAUUUUAAAAGAACAGUAUUUUACAAAAGGUGUAGCUUUUAUAAGAGUUCAGAAAAGGGAAGGAUGCGGUUUUUUCUCUAAUUAUAGUGUAAGAAUCUAUUUUGGAGAAAAAAAGAAAAUAUGAGGGUCGCGAAGCAUGAUUUUUAUAACUAGUUUCAGUUUUAUCUAGUAACUUACUUUUUAAAUCAAUGUUUAUCAACAAUCUUUCCAUGUAUGCAGUGCUUUCAAAGAUGGUUUUGAGCGUCCAAUGAAAUUUAUGACUUGGAUAUAUUGUCUAAGAAUCAAAAAACAAAAACAAAAACAAAAAAAAAAAAGAAAAGAGAAAAAAAGAAAAAAUG